GGCCGUGACGCGGCGCCGGCGGCGGGGAGGGAGGCUGGGCCCUCUGGAGAGGGAGGCGAGCGGAUCGCUGGGGCUGCUCGGCUCCUGCGCGCCCUCGCGCUCCCCGCCGCCCGCCGAGGCGCAGGCAGGGCGCAGGCGGCGGCGGGCGGCAUGGAGAGCCUGCUGGAGAACCCGGUGCGUGCCGUGCUCUACCUCAAGGAGCUCACGGCCAUCGUGCAGAACCAGCAGAGCCUCAUCCACACCCAGCGCCAGCGCAUCGACGAGCUGGAGCGGCGGCUGGACGAGCUAAGCGCCGAGAACCGCAGCCUGUGGGAGCACCAGCAGCUGCUGCAAGCCCAGCCUCCGCCCGGGCUCGUCCCUCCGUCGCCAGCCCAGCUGCCUGCCACCCCGGCCACCGCUGCCGCCGCCGCCGCCGCCGCCGCCGCCGCCGGGGCCCAGGAACCGCUCCAGAACCACGGACAGAUCUCGCCCGCUGCACCACAGCCCGCGCCGGAGCAGCCACAGCUUCAGCACCACGGACAGCUCCUGGUACAGCCCCAGCCGGGCCCCAGCACCAGGGCUCACGCACCCCAGUCGCCCCACCAGCACCCAGUGGCGCCCGGGGCUGUCGCCGACAAGGAGAAGGAGCGUCCCCUGAGUUGUUGCACUGCCGCUGGAACCCUCCUUCAGCACAAAUCCCCCGCCGCCCUCGGCAAGGGCGUCCUGAGCCGGAGACCCGAGAAUGAGACUGUGCUACACCAGUUCUGCUGCCCAGCCGCCGACGCCGAGCAGAAGCCCGCCUGCUCCGACUUGGCCUCCCAAAGUGAUGGCUCCUGCGCCCAGGCCGGUGGGGGCAUGGAGGACUCCGUGGUGGCAGCGGCGGCGGUGGCAGCCGGCAGACCCAGUGCCCAUGCCCCGAAGGCUCAAGCCCAGGAGCUGCAGGAGGAGGAGGAGGAGCGGCCGGGGGCGGGGGGUGCCUCCCCGAGGGCUGGCUCCCACCGCGCGGCCUCCCCCGGCCGGCAGCAGCCUGCCCCGGCGACGGCGCUCUGCUCCCACACCCCUAACGCCUCCGAUUACGAGCUCUCCCUUGACCUAAAGAAUAAACAGAUUGAAAUGCUAGAACACAAGUACGGGGGCCACCUCGUGUCCCGGCGCGCCGCUUGCACCAUCCAAACCGCCUUCCGCCAGUACCAGCUCAGCAAGAAUUUUGAGAAGAUCCGCAAUUCGCUCCUGGAGAGCCGCCUGCCUCGGCGGAUCUCCCUGCGCAAAGUGCGGGCGCCCACAGCCGAGAGCCUGGCGGCCGAGAAGGCCCUCAUGGAGGGCUACGGCCUCAUGGGGCUGCCGCUGGUGCGCUCGCCCUCCCUGCCGCCCACCUUCGCGGGCACUCUCACCGAGCUGGAGGACUCCUUCACCGAGCAGGUGCAGUCCCUGGCCAAGUCCAUCGACGACGCCCUCAGCACCUGGAGCCUCAAGACCAUGUGCUCCCUGCAGGAGAGCGGCGCUUACCAGCUCCACCAGGCCCUGCACGCGGGCGCGGGGCCACCGAUCCUGGAGGCCGAGAUGCGGGAGCUCGACAGCGCCCGCCCCGCGCCUGGGGAAGAGGCCGCCGAGGCCGCCGGCCUGCCCCAGGGCCACAGCAGCACCCUCAUGAUGGCCUUCCGGGACGUCACCGUGCAGAUCGCCAACCAGAACAUCUCUGUCUCCUCCGCCACGGCUCUGUCGGUGGCCAACUGUCUGGGCUCGCAGACCACCCAGGCCCCGGCGGAGCCCGCGGCGGGCAAAGCCGAGCAGGCCGAGGCCCCGGGGCAGGAGGCCGAGGCGGCCGCAACCACGGGGCAGGGGGACGCUCCUGCGGAAAACACGGGCGCAGAGGCCGGAGCCAGCGGAGCCCUGAGCGCCCACCCGCCUGGGGCUGCGGAGGCGGUGGUGGAGAGGGCCGCGGGGGCGGAGGCAGAGGCGGAGACGGCGGAGUCGGAGACAGGGGAGGUGGGGAAAGGGACCGAGGCCGAGGCCGGCGACAACUCGGAGCCACCGAGCAGCAGCAGCACGUCCACCAAGUCGGCCAAGUCGGGCUCGGAAGUGUCGGCCUCAGCCUCCAAGGAGGCCCUGCAGGCCAUGAUCCUGAGCCUGCCGCGCUACCACUGUGAGAACCCGGCCAGCUGCAAGUCGCCCACGCUCUCCACCGACACUCUGCGCAAACGGCUCUACCGCAUCGGCCUCAACCUUUUCAACAUAAACCCAGACAAAGGCAUCCAGUUCCUGAUCUCUCGAGGCUUCAUCCCUGACACCCCCAUUGGAGUGGCCCACUUCCUGCUCCAGCGCAAGGGCCUCAGCCGGCAGAUGAUCGGGGAGUUCCUGGGCAACAGCAAGAAGCAGUUCAACCGCGAUGUGCUGGACUGCGUGGUGGACGAGAUGGACUUCUCCAGCAUGGAGCUGGACGAGGCCCUGCGGAAGUUCCAGGCUCACAUCCGCGUGCAGGGGGAGGCCCAGAAGGUGGAGCGGCUCAUAGAGGCCUUCAGCCAGCGCUACUGCAUGUGCAACCCCGAGGUGGUGCAACAAUUCCACAACCCCGACACCAUCUUCAUCCUCGCCUUUGCCAUCAUCCUCCUCAACACCGACAUGUACAGCCCCAACAUCAAGCCUGACCGCAAGAUGAUGCUGGAGGACUUCAUCCGAAACCUGCGAGGUGUGGAUGAUGGUGCCGACAUCCCCAGGGAACUGGUGGUAGGCAUCUACGAAAGGAUACAGCAAAAGGAGCUCAAGUCCAAUGAGGACCAUGUCACGUAUGUCACCAAGGUGGAGAAGUCCAUCGUGGGCAUGAAGACAGUGCUGUCGGUACCCCACCGCCGCCUGGUCUGCUGCAGCCGGCUCUUCGAGGUGACGGAUGUGAACAAGCUGCAGAAACAGGCCGCACAUCAGAGGGAGGUGUUCCUCUUCAACGACCUGCUGGUGAUUCUGAAACUUUGCCCGAAGAAGAAGAGCUCCUCCACAUACACCUUCUGCAAGUCGGUGGGCCUGCUGGGCAUGCAGUUCCAUCUCUUUGAGAAUGAGUAUUACUCUCACGGCAUCACCCUGGUGACCCCACUUUCGGGCUCUGAGAAGAAGCAGGUGCUGCAUUUCUGUGCCCUGGGAUCGGACGAGAUGCAGAAGUUUGUGGAGGAUCUGAAGGAGUCCAUCGCUGAGGUGACAGAGCUGGAGCAGAUCCGGAGAGAGUGGGAGCUGGAGAAGCAGCAAGGGGCAAAGACGCUCUCCUUCAAGUCCAGCGGGGCGCAGGUGGACCCGCAGUCAAAGCACGGAUCGCCUACAGCCAAAAGGGAAGCAGCGCUCGGGGAGAAGCCAGUGGAGAGCACGGUGGAGGUAUUAAUCAAUGCCUCCCCAGCCCGACUCACCAUUUUACCAAUUUCAAGAGAUACAAUUAAAAGUUACUGCUAGCAUGGGUAACGCCACUGUUCCAGCGCCUAAUUAAGCCACAGCACUUUCUGCCCAUUCCCCAGCCGUGUGCCCUCCGAGGCCGAGCUCCCAGACUGACACCUGCAGAUGAUGCCCAUGACUAUCUCCAUAGCGACUCCGCCCGUAGCCCCCAACCCACUUCCCCAGCAGACUGCUCGCUGGUCCCCCAACACAUGCUCUAUCAAGGAAGCCGCCAUCCCCUUCCCCCUGGUGUGUCUGUCCUCCACAGGAGUCUGGACCCGUCCAGAGACUCCCCCCUCAAAUCCAGCCCCAGGGACCGCUUCAGGCGCAAAGCCUGCCCUCCCAGCUGCGUCUUGGGGCAGUUAGAGAACUGAGACAGGGGCAGCUGAGAGGGGAGAGCUCCUCCCUGGACCAGCUGGUCCAUUCGGAAAGCUGGCCACGGUGGAGGGUUGUGCGCGGGAGCCAGUGAGGCAGAGCAGGGUUGGGUCACCGUCAGGAUUUCCCUGGGAGGAGAGCAGAUGUAACUGAAGACUGUCCGUGGGGGAGGAGGAUGCCCCCCUCAAGCCACAUAGGGAGAGGCUGGGGAGGUCGCUACUGCAGUUAGUCCUUGCCAAGCCCCCAAGUGUCACCUGGGGGAAGGGCAUUCAGGGGCCCCUAUAAGCUUCACUGGGCCCCAGUCCUCCCCCACUGCUCCCUUCCCAUGCCAGUGAACCCCCCUCGCUCCUCUGGCAGGCCUCCAGGGACGACUAGCUUCUCACACAGACACCUCCUUUCCCAGCUCCCCCCAAGCUGGAGGAGCCCCCACUUAGAGGGAGGGAGGCGCCUGCCCACCAGGAUACCCCAGGGGAGCCCAGUUUCUCCCCUCUUUGCCCAUGGCCCCCACCCCCCACACACCUGUGUCUGGAGGAGGCACCUUUACACGGAGGAGCUUCCCGCCCCAGCAGCUGACAAGCCCCCAGGGUGUCAAUUCACAACAGGCUUCAAACGUCUCAGCACAACCCCGGGCUGGGGGCCGAGAGGGGAGCGCCGGCGCCACCGCCAGACCCGCAGCCUAGCCCCUUGAGGGAGCAGCCCCCGCCGCCGCUGCCGCCGCUGCCA